GGAGAUGUGGAGGACGCGGUUCAGCGCUCCAGUUGUGGGAUGCGGCCUGCUGUGUGUUGGCGUUAUCAUGUGCAUGACCUUCAUCCCGAACGACAACAAGCAGAUCUCGUCGCUGGUGCAGCUGACGGGGGAAGAUGAGAGUGAUUCUUAUAACCCCAAGGACUUCAGGGAAGGGGCUCCCCUGCCCGUUGGAGCGCGCAAGACGCCUGCUGACGUGGAGGAGAUCUAUGAGAAAGUGAAUGCGAUGGUGAAUGGGUUGGAAGAUGAUGUUGCAAAGCUGAAGUCGAAUGCUGGGGAGGGAACCUUGAUCAGCAUCAAACUGGGUAGACAAGGCCAGGAAGGCCCUCCUGGCCCCGAAGGACCUCCAGGACCAGCGGGACCGGUUGGAAGUUUGGCAGGACCUCAAGGUGACCAGGGACCUCCAGGUCCCAAGGGACUCCAGGGGCCUGUGGGUCCCCGAGGACCUAAGGGACCCAGCGGUGUCUAGAGCGCGGUUUCGGUUCGGUGAUGUAAGAUAAUUUUUCACUCGGGUGAGUUAGAGGAGGGUAAAGCAAAUGCCUGCUGGUUUGUAGUUAUUAAACAAGCAUUUCUACUUCU